GUUAGGACUCCAGGAGGUGGCUUUCUCAACGCAGCCUCUGGAGCUGGAGCUCCGAGGCGUGAAGAGCGCCGAAGCGGUGCGCAUUUUGCUGGACUUCCUCUAUGCUCGACCCACUUGGAUGGAACGAGAGGUCACCACAGACACCUGCAAGGACGUGAUGCACCUAGCCUCAGAGUUGAAGCUGCCGGCCCUGAAGGAGCAGGGCUUACAGUGGAACCGGCUCCUCACCGCGCCAGCGGCACCGCUACCUACGGUGGACUCCGACGUGGAGGCCGCCAGCGACGUCGAAGAGGAGGUGUCGAAGAACGAAGCAGAGGCGGUGGAGAGCCCAGAGGUCUUUCUGAAGAUGCGCUGCAUCAAGUUCGACGCAAAGACUGUACCGAUGCCUCCUGUGACCAGCGCACAGGAAGCAGCUGAAGCGGCGGGCGAGAUCUACAAUCGCCAGGACUCGACGUUUCUGGCGAAUCUGGUCCGCGUCUUUUGGGAAUGGCCAAUUUGGUUAGAGCCAGCCUUGCAGCAGUCUCCCGUCUUCCUUCGCACCAUGGACGCUGACAGGUUCAAGCGGCUCAUACCUUUCGUGGCUUAUCAGUGGAAGGACGGACCAUGGCAGCAGGCCUACACGCGCUUGGGCUUUGAUCCACGAGUGGCACCUGAUGAGGCAUUGCCAUGUCAGGUGAUCCACUUCAAAGACGAGUCCUUUCGAGGCAGAGGACGGGAGUUGCCGCAACCCAGCGAUGACAUCAGCUUUCAGAAAGCUCCAACGGCUCGAAAUCAGCUGUUUCAGUUGGAGUACCUCAAAGACGAUGAGUGCAUCAACGACUUGCUGACCGGCUUCGAGCCCCACUGUGGCGACUGCGAUCGUCGCCAUGGAUUUCUUGGCGAGAUGUUGUACGAGGUGAUCAUCGAACGUUUGAAAGUGAAAGCUUCGGAGCUUCACUGCAAGAAGCGCAAGUCCAGCGGUGGCCGCACCGUCACACGAAAGGCCAUGCGAAGAGGAUGA